GUACAGCAAGAAAACAUGGGCUUCUUCAGAACCUUCACAGCCCCAUAUUGUGCUUUCAGAUAAAGUAAAGAAUGCCUGCAUGGUCGGAACAUGUCCGACUGGCUAGUUGGCCCCUCCUUCCAAACUUGGCAAACGUCUACGGGUACAACGUCAUACUCGCAAAGUCUCUGCACGUCCAGACCCGAGCUCUGGUACCGCGUUGGUUCCCAACGGGUCUGAGUCAGGUUACUCUUUGGGCGGCCUACAACGUGACCAUGGGCAAUGCCUCGUACCUCGUCUACCGAGAUGGCGGUGGACUGGAAGGAGUCGCACGCUUGCCCAUGGCUGCAUACGUCAUCAGUGUCUGUUACUCUUGUGCUUGGCCUGUCGUCUUCUACCGUCAUCUACAUUUCAAGCUGGCGCUCUUUGACAUCGGCAUGCUGUGUGGCCUGGUGGCUGCGAUGACGUGCUUGUACCGGCCUAUCAGCAACAUGGCGGCCGCACUCACUGUUCCCUGUUUCUGCUGGCUCAUCAACGUGGCCUUCUUCAACUUCAGAGUGUGGAGAAAUGCUCGCCUCUAUGACGGCAACUGUAAAUCAUGCUUCGACAGUACUGCUCCAAACAUUCCUUACGGAUAACUGUGCUACGAUAUUCGUUUUGUGCUGCAAGAAACUGUACGGAUUGGACUAUGUGAACUUACUUUUAAGUAAAUUUCUAGUGCGCCUCUGA